AAAAAAAUUAUGUCUUUGAUAGACGUGACGUGCACAUCUUUGACAAAUUGAUGUCAGCAAUUUGAUUGACUCUGAUAAUAAUUUUCUUUAAUUAUUUACAUAAAAUUUUACUCUUCCAAAGAUGCAAUGAAAUUUUAACAAUCCAUUUCAGGUUUCUGUAAAGAAAUUUUUGCUUCCAAACUGUUUUUUAAUCUUGUGAAUAUUCGUCAUGUCCAUAAGACGUCGAAUAGAUCCAUCGAAAGCAAUACGGAUAUGGGACACAAUAAAAAUUACAUUGAACCAAAGAAAUUUACCAACGUACGAUCGAAUUGCACGUCAUUUGGCACGUGUUUAUACAAUUUCGGAACAAUCAGCUCAGGAUGAAUUGAGCAGUGCAUUAUUGGAUGGACUUUUAUUAAAAACACUGCCUGGAAAAUGUGGCACUGAACAAGCAAUUUUAUCAUUACCAACAGAAACGAUUGAUAACGAUACAUACGAUUGGUACUGUUGCGAAUGUCAUAAAGCUGGAAAAGUCGAUUGCUGUCAGCAAUGUCAUCGUGUUUUUCAUUUAGAAUGUCACAAACCAGAGGAUACGGGGAAAAAAAUCUGUUCCUUUUGUGAAAAAAUAAAUAGCGACACGUUUGCUGAUAGAGAGGAAUUAAACAAAAUUUUAGGCUACAUGUGUGGACAUUUGAAAGCAAAAUUACCAGCGGAAAUCACAAAUCGACAGAUUGUUGAAGAUAACACUUCACCUGUUGUACCUCCUGGUGGUUUAGCGGGUCCAACUUGGAUCAGCGAGGGUGAGGAUUCAUGGAGGCCGGGUAUUUUAAUUAAAAAUCACAUGGACCUUGCAAUGAUGGAUGCGAAGACACGUCGAAAAGAGUAUAAAAAUCUCGCUGAAUUUCAAGCCGAGGCUCACAAUAUUCUUCAUAAUAUUGUCAUUUAUCAUGGAGAGCAGAGUAUAGUUGGAGAAAUGGGUUUGAGAAUGUAUGAAGAUUGUUGCUACGAUCUUCAAGAAAUACGUCGUUGUUCUGAUUGUUAUCGACUUUCAAAUGAAAAAGGCGAGAAAAUGUGGUUCUGCAAACCCUGCAAUCCCCCUCAUAAAUUAGUUUACGCAAAACAAAAGGGCUAUCCAUAUUGGCCGGCAAAAGUCAUGCAAAUCUUGAAAGGUAAUGUUUACGAUGUGAGAUUUUUCGGUGGGCAACAUUUAAGGGCAAACAUCAGCGAGGAAUUCAUACGCCAAAUUAAUGUUAAUCUAAAAAGUCUUCAGAUUAAAAAAUCGAAUGCAUGGAAUAAAGCAUACGAUGAACUAAAACACCAUCAAGCCUUACUUCAAAAACUUGGCAAAAGAAAGAAUUCUGAUACAAAUUCAAUGAAUUUGAAAGAGAAAAAAAUUCGUAAAUUGGAGAAAUCAAAUACCAAAGAAGUACCAAACUUUCCAUUGAAGAAACAACUUUUAAAAGACUUGAGAGUUAAAGUUGAGAGAAUAAGUUCAGAAGGUAGUUCAGAUCAAUCAGAAAAGGAGGAUAAAGAUGAAAAGGAUAAUUUAUCAUCAAAAGUGAUAAAGAAAAAAACACCAGAAUUGCAUUUACCAGUUGUUCAUGAGAAUGCUGGUGAAAUUUCCACAACUUUUCCACAGGGUAUGAAAAAAGAGGGUUCACAAGAGGAUAUGGUUACGUCCAGUUCUCAGGAACCAAGGACAAAAUGUGUUCUAAUACAAACGGAACAAGUUCAAUCUGAUGUUUUUCCUGGAAAGGUGAAGAGAGAACGGAGAACUUCUGAUCAACAUGGACUGAUUGAUAAAAUGAGACAGGAACUUCGUCAGGAAAUGGAAAAAGAGAAAUGCAGAGAAAUUGAGAAUCUUCAGGCAGAACAUGCGAAGCAAGUGCGACAAUUAAAGGAAAGACACCAACAACUUGUUUCCGAAAUUAAGAAAAAACAAUGGUGCUAUAAUUGCGAGACCGAAGCAAUUUACCAUUGCUGUUGGAAUACUGCUUACUGUAGCACAGAAUGCCAGCAACUUCAUUGGCAGCGCGAGCAUAAGAGAGUAUGUCGACGAAAACGAUAACGAUUGAAUUCAACAACAUUGUCGAACAGAUCGCUGAAAGCACAAAUAUUUCUUCUUGACAUGACGGAAUUGCUUUCCAAGCCUUUCUUUUAAUAAAAAGGCAAUGUUUUAUUACGAAAAAAAA